AAACUCUGAAGCUAGAGCAGUCGAGUCGCUGUGACACCUGACUCCAGAUCGGUGUAAGAGGCCACGUAAUCACGCAGCAAGCCUCGCGGUAUUUACGCUACCCAAAAUCCCUCGGUCUUCCUUUCUGCCUGAACCGACAUGCCUAAGGGAAAGAAGGCUAAGGGGAAGAAGGUGGCACCUGCCCCUUCUGUGGCCAAGAAACAUGAGGCCAAGAAAGUAGUCAACCCCCUGUUCGAGAAGAGGCCAAAGAACUUUGGCAUCGGCCAGGAUAUUCAGCCCAAGCGUGAUUUGACACGCUUUGUGAAAUGGCCUCGUUACAUUCGCCUGCAGAGGCAACGCUCCAUCCUCUACAAGCGUCUGAAGGUUCCCCCUGCAAUCAACCAGUUCACCCAGGCUCUGGACCGCCAGACCGCCACACAGCUGUUCAAGCUGGCCCACAAGUACAGGCCAGAGACUAAGCAGGAGAAAAAGCAGAGGCUGCUGGCCCGCGCUGAGCAGAAGGCCGCUGGAAAGGGAGAUACCCCUACCAAGAGGCCCCCUGUCCUCCGUGCAGGUGUGAACACUGUCACCACCCUGGUGGAGAACAAGAAGGCCCAGCUGGUCAUCAUUGCCCACGAUGUGGAUCCAAUUGAGCUCGUCGUCUUCCUGCCAGCUCUGUGCCGCAAGAUGGGCGUCCCAUAUUGCAUCGUCAAGGGCAAGGCUAGACUGGGCAGACUGGUGCACAGAAAGACAUGCACUUCAGUCGCCUUCACACAGAUUAACCCUGAGGACAAAGGCGCACUUGCCAAGCUUGUGGAAGCCAUCAAGACCAACUACAAUGACAGAUAUGAAGAGAUCCGUCGUCACUGGGGAGGCGGCAUCAUGGGCCCCAAGUCCACAGCCCGCAUCACCAAGCUGGAGAAGGCAAAGGCCAAGGAACUGGCAACCAAGCUUGGUUAAAUUGUUUGGAAUAAAAAAUGUAUGUCCUAAUAAA